AUGGCUUCUUCUUUACCUCACCCAAAGAUUGUUAAGAAACACACCAAGAAGUUCAAGAGACAUCAUUCUGAUCGUUACCAUAGAGUUGCUGAAAACUGGAGAAAGCAAAAGGGUAUCGACUCUGUUGUCAGAAGAAGAUUCAGAGGUAACAUCUCUGAACCAAAGAUUGGUUACGGUUCCAACAAGAAGACCAAGUUCAUGUCUCCAUCCGGUCACAAGGUCUUUUUAGUUGCCAACGUCAAGGACUUAGAAACUUUGACCAUGCACACUAAAUCUUACGCUGCCGAAAUUGCUCACAACGUUUCUGCUAAGAAUAGAAUUGUUAUCUUGUCUAAGGCCAAGACUUUAGGUAUCAAAGUCACUAACGCCAAGGGUCGUUUAGCUUUGGAAGCUUAA